ACACGCUCGCUAUCUUCACCACAUUCUCGUCGCUUCCUCUCUCUUUCACGAAGCUUCCCCCUCACCAAUCCGUCACCGUAAAAACGUGUGAUCGAUAACUUUCCAGUUCCCAAAUCGAUAAUUCGUUAGCUACGAGUCGACGAUGUCAACGUUCAGCGGCGAUGAAACCGCUCCCUUCUUCGGCUUCCUCGGUGCCGCCGCUGCGCUCGUCUUCUCCUGUAUGGGGGCUGCUUAUGGGACGGCGAAGAGCGGCGUUGGCGUGGCGUCGAUGGGCGUGAUGAGGCCAGAGCUGGUGAUGAAGUCGAUUGUGCCGGUUGUUAUGGCUGGUGUGUUGGGGAUUUACGGCUUGAUUAUCGCUGUGAUUAUCAGUACUGGAAUUAACCCUAAGGCCAAGUCGUAUUACCUCUUCGACGGGUACGCUCACCUGUCGUCUGGUCUUGCUUGCGGUCUCGCCGGGCUUUCGGCCGGUAUGGCUAUCGGGAUUGUUGGCGAUGCUGGUGUUAGAGCUAAUGCACAACAGCCUAAGCUUUUUGUUGGAAUGAUUCUCAUCCUCAUCUUUGCUGAGGCAUUGGCAUUGUAUGGCCUCAUUGUUGGCAUCAUCCUCUCCUCCCGCGCUGGCCAAUCCAGAGCAGAUUAGAGAGGACACUAUCCUUACUGGUUCUUUUGUGUCGUUUGUUGGCAUUGCCUUACUCCCAGGUUAGUGAUGUUGGUUUGGGAUGUGAUUUGUUUCUUCAUAGCUAUUAUGGUGGACUUGAUUUCUUCCUCACAUGGAAUUUAUGCUGAUUGUAAUAUCGGGAGCAUUCUCCUCCCUGAAAUAAAGCCGUGCAAAGCUAGUUUCUUCUUA